AUGAAUGGACAUGUCGGACAGAAUAGAGAUGGAGUAGAGCACGUCAUCGGAGAGUUUAGCAUUGGCGAAAGGAACCAGGAGGGAGAAAGAAUAAUAGAUUAUUGUGUGAUGAAUAACAUGUCCAUUAUGAAUACUUAUUAUAAACAUCAGGAGAGCCAUAAAUGGACAUGGUAUCGGUGGAAUGCAGCACAACAAGGAUAUACUGAGAGGUCAAUGAUUGACCUGUUUCUCACCAACAAGAAAAACAUAUUUAAAGAUGUUAGGACCAUACCAUCUGUGUCCUUAGUCUCUGACCACAGGUUGGUGGUGGCUAAAUUGAAAAUUGUAAAACCAAAGGAAAAAGUCAAGAAAAAGCAAAAGAGAUUCAAACUGGAAAACCUCAAGGACGAAGAGAAGAAGCAAGCACUACGGCAACUGGUAACAUUACGAAAACCAACCAAACUGGAAUUGGAAGAAAUGAACAUAGAAGAACAAUGGAAUAAAUUCAAGAACACUGUGUAUGGGGCAGCUGAGGAGACAGCAGGAGGCCGGUGGGACGACCUAGGAAGUGAUGGAUGUAGGGAGUUGAAAAAGCUACUGAACGAAGAGGAAGAAAUCUACAAGAAAUAA